AUGGCAGUGAAUGCGAGCUCAGGGCUCGCCUACCCCGAGAAGUUUACGGCGGCCGCGGCGUACGUGGGAUUUGGAGGAUCUCAGAAUUCCUCCUCCAUCGGAGCGAUCUCCAGAUUCCCCAAUGACGUUGCCCUGUUACUUUACGGCUUGUAUCAGCAGGUGCACUGCCUACCGCUUCCUGUGGCUUUGCAUUCCCUUAAUCUAACUUCUUUUUGCGCUUUCGCGGCAUUUGCGUCUUCUUGUUUUCGACGUGGUCUCUGUGUAUUCGAACCACACCUGUCGGGAUCUGGUAUUCUGGAGAUCAUGGAACGGUUGGCGGUCCAAAAUUUUAAUUUUCGAAAGUUUUGUGCCUCGUUCUUGCCUGACUUACUGUAGCAGAUCUGCUUUGGGUCGUGAUUAGUUCAUUGAUUCGGUGAACUUUGCUUCGUUUCUUCCUUCCUUUUCAAUUCGAGCUGAGGAUUUUGUUUCUGAAAACCUUCACAACCUUUUCUUCGCGUGUAAUAAUGAUCGUCCUUGUUGAAAUUCUACGAGAGUACGAAAAUAAAGCUGUUAAGGAGUUUGAGUAGCUUGAAAUGCUCUGCAUCUCUACCUGAUUGUAGGCGACUGUCGGGCCUUGCAAUGUCCCGAAACCGCGAGCCUGGAAUGCUGUGGAACAUGGAAAAUGGACCAGGUUCUGAUUCAGUUUCUCCUUCUUGAGAUGAUGCUAAAGCAGUGGUGUCAAUGAGUUCUUAUUUUCAAUUAUUGAAAAUCAGUACCAGAAGAUACAACACUAUCACCACGUUUGCUAGACCUUUAGGGGUCAAUGCUUGGAAAUCGAAACAUUGGUUGUGGUAGCAUGUGCUUAAAAUGCAUGACCUAUUGACUUGUCUUGUUCCUUUAUUCUUUCUAUCAACUAUACCCAUAUCCCUAGCCAUCAUUUAGAAAUGAGUUAUUAGUUCAUCCCAUUGAGUGUCAUUUAGUCUUGCAUUUGGUAUAAAUGCUAACUGGGAUGCUACACAAUUGAAUUAUGAAAAACGUAAAAUCUUUUAUACAAUUGGAUUUCUGUGUAAGUAUUAUGUCUCUUCGUAUGUAUGUGCAAAUGUUUUAGUCAUGCCUAGAAUCUAAUGGGCUCAUUACCUCUUCAAAUCGGAACACAUGUCUAAACGCAACUAGGGGUCUCUACAGUGAAUCAUUUUAACACAUAUCAGCUACUGAUCGUCAGCACGGAAAUCACCAACAAAUAUAUACUGAGAUAUAAGUUUUUUAUUUCAUAGUUCGUAGAUGACACUCUAGUUUCUUUUACUUUCCUUGAAUUGCCCAUGAGCUUAUACUCCAGAGGUAUAACUAUCCGGAUUUUUAUUAUAGAGAAACAGUCUGGUAUCUUUUGUGUUGGUAUUUUUGUUUGGAAAUAGCUAAAUUUCGAGUUGGGGCAUAACGAACAUCACUAGACCAUUUGAGGAUGAAAGUGCAUGAAAUCAUGUUCCCACUCCUGAAACUGGUUUCUUGUUUUCUUACCUGUUUUAUUCAAUUUCACCAGUUACUGUUUAUUGAUCUUGUAAUGAAAAAAUAAUAUUUUUCCUCAAUCGCACAUCUUUUGGAAAUAAAAAAAAACUAUAGACUCAGCUUUAUUUUGUUUCAUUCUUUCUCGUGAUAUUUUUUGAGCCAGUUCUAAUGAAAUGAAAAUCAUUUACUACUGCGUGAAAAUUUUUCGAUCUUCCUUUCUCAUUCAUUUUGUAAGAGGUCUCUAAUGAGAACCAAAGAAGCCAAGGCCUUUAUAAGAGGUAAUGUUGCUGGGAAAAUAAUAUUAUGUAUUGUCUAUAAAUUUUCGCUUCAAAGAGGUAGUGCGUAGAUUUCUUUUAGGUCCUUUUAUUGCAGUGUGGAAGGUCAUGAAACUCUGUUUCCAAGUACUGGAGAGGGGGAAGCAGGUCACUCAGAGGGAGCUGUUUUAUAGGCUUUCGUGAGAGUCUCCUGAUUAUUUUACUUCUCAAGCUCAAGUGAACAUGGCUGUUCAAGGUCAAAUAAAUUAAAGCCUUAAUCUCGUUUCUUUUGGUUAAGCUGAAAGAUUAGGUGAGAAUCCUCUUUAAUGAGUAAGGUGGCGGUUCUUGUGUCUGUUGUUCCUUUCGGUCGUCACCUUAAUGCAGGUUACUAUUCUUUUACAGGGUCUUGAUGGCUGACUUUAGAAAUACUUGCACCCCCCGUUUCCUUACUUUUGAUACUCCUUGAACAUAUGGCACUGAUAACCAUGUUGAUAGUCACAGCUCUCCAACUUAGAAAAAGAAAAUGAAGUCUUUCUUUUUUUUUCUAGGUAUGCCUCUGAUGACCUCGUUGAAUACUAUUAUUUGGCCAAUUGAUGAUUGAAACUUCAAAGAUGAAAUACCAUACUCAUACACUUGGUGAGGUGAGGUAUUAAUCCUUGUCUCAAGGAUAAAACGUUUAAAGGAUUCAUCAUGUGCCCCUAACAUAUCUACCACAGGCAAACCUACCGCUGGAACCCCUCUACCUCCCCAGUGAAACCCUUGUCAAAGAAAAGAAAGUGGUGACCUGGGACAGAUCAAUACCAUCUGGUUCAACAUGAAUGCAUAAGAUGUUUUGCCAGAUCAGAAAUGUUGCCCAUGCAUGACUCACUCAUUGAAACGUUUUAAAUGCAAGAGUUGAAGGGUUAUGGGGCACAUGAUUUUUUCCCCUAGGAAUGACUCCAAUGAAUCAUAAUUUCUCUAUAGAAUUCCCAAAAGUUUUUCCACCCUCUGACAGGAGAGUUUAAUACAACCCUAGAGAUUGAUACACAAUUGAAAGUGGUCCUACAGUAUGUUUGCUGUACGUUCUACAUUGAUGAUCAGGUGAUCCUAUUUUACCAUCUAUUGGUAGGUCACCUCUGCUGAAAGCAGGUACACUUGUAUUGGCACAAGUCGGUGGAAAUGUUGCAAUCAUUUGGCAGAAUAGUAACGUGGGUGAAGGAAGAGGAAUACAUGGCAACCAUACUCAAUGUAUCUCUAACCACAAUGACUCUAUAGAAGUUUAAAUGUACCACCUCUUAAUAUUUUGUGGUUGAUGGCACAUUGACUGUAGCAAUGCUUUAGGCCAUUUGGUGGCAAGUUUCAGAAGAAGAGAAUGCUGUCAUAGGCCACUGUUUACAAUUAUAAUAAUGGAACUACUGAAAAUAAAUUAUUUUUUGAUUACUGUAGGUUACAUGUAUGGUGGAUGGAUUAUAUUGUUUAAACAAGCAACAAUUUUAGCCUGUUUCAAAACAGGUUUCAAGUAUAAGUUGCCUCAAAAAUAAAAAUUGGUCCAUUGGAAGUUUAAUGAAAAUAUGCUACAUGCUUGAUGAGGAACAGAGUUGUAGGAAACGAAGUACUGCAAAAGGCACAACCGAAAAUGUGAAAAUGGUGAAACAAAAAGAGUCUGAUAGUGUUGUUCGGUAGGUCUAUUAGACUGAAAUGUGUUUUCUUGUUGUAGACUAGUAAUUACUUUGUUUUAUAAGAAAUUAUUAACUACUAGAGAACUACUUGCCUGAUCUUAUUGUUGAAGAGAUUUAUCACUAUGUCCUACUUAAAGAGUCGCAGUAUAGACCAAGAUGGCUUUUUUCAACCAAGAAAAAGUUUUUGCACCCACUCUGUACCUGUGGAUUCAAUCAAUCCCUUCUUGAUUCAGGAGAUGUUUAUUUCUCAUUUCUGAUGGAUUUAAAGAUCAACUGCUAUCUAUUCAAGAGUCCAUUUUUCAAUCCUUAUGGAUUCAAGGGUCACCUAAAUUAAUCAUUGUGGAUCCAAGGAUUGUAUAUCUUAUUUUUUGUAGAUCCAGGGUACGAUUUUCAUUCUUCUCUGACUUCCACUGCGUCAAUUUUGGUAACAGAAUUCAAGAUGGUAUUUUUUUUUUUGCAAAAGAAGACUGUUGAUCGUCUAUUUGUGUCCUAUGAUGUGUGGUCGAAGGUUAUUUAAUAUGUAGUUGAUUUUCGUGUCAAAAUAUUGAGAUAUCACUGAACUGCUGCAGAAUUAGCAUUUUGCAGAUUCUGUAGCUCCUGUCUCUGUUGGUUGAAGAUUCAUUUACCAACCAUCUUGUUGGUUAUUCGGAGGGAAAGAAGUAACCGAAAAAUUCGAAGGAAUCCAAAAAUAUACAAAACAUGAUGAACAUGGCUGUAUUGUAUGUAUCCAAUAGGUGUCCAAUGUAUUGUAUUGUAUCAAAUCAUGCCUGCUGAGUUAUAUCAAGAAUAGGAAAACUAUGUUUUUCUACUAUCUUUUGAGAUGAAGUGAGGAAAUUGUUGUUAUUUCUACAUUAAUGUGUUAUUUUUGUUUCUGUUUUAUCUUCUGCUCUUUGUUUCCUACCCACACUUUAUUUUCUGGUUGCUGUUAACAAUUGAUAUUUCCAUGAAUCAGAUCUAGAAAUACUGUUGGCCAGCUUUCAUCUUGUUUCUUUUAAACUCUGGAAUGCUAUUUAUUUUCAAUGUUUUUUGGCAAAUUGCUUGAGUAGUCUAUACAGUUUUCUUUUAUUUAUCAAUUUAAGAAACCUGUACCAUCUGCUUUCUGAGUGAAUCUGUAGUUUGUAACAGUUUAUAAACCCAUACUGUAGUUAUUGCUUAUAGAUGAUAUAUGUUUAUGUGCUAGUUGUAACAUAUGAUUCUUUUGGAAUUUCAUUUACGACGUGAGAUUUUGUACAUAAUUAUCUAGCCUUUAAAUAAAAUUCAUUAUUACAGUUGGGAUGGGCUUGGAAACUUGGCUUCAACUGAGGCUAUGCGCCUUUUUGUGAAAAUUUUAGAGGUAAGGCUAAUAUAAGCUUGGGUUUACUUAAGGUAUGACUGCAAGCACACUCCUCAUCACAUGAAUUGUGUCUUUAGGAAGAAGAUCCUGCAUGGUAUUCAAGGACGCCCGAAUUGGUCGAGGGUCCUAUUGUAGACGUGGAAAUGAAUGUGAGUUCCUCCAAUCUUUUGGUUAAUAGGUUUCAUGGAGAAAUUCUUUUCAGUGGGAUUUCAUUUUUGACUGAAAAAACAUACACUGCGAAUCAGUAUUUUUUUUGCUAUUUCUGCCGUCCACUAUAACUUUUAUCAGAAAAUUUUGACAUGGUGUUUGUAGGAUAACGCUCAUGAUAGAAAUGUUGCAUGGUAAAACUAUCCUUCAGUUAUUCUUUUUGUUAUUUGUACUUUCAUAGGCAGCAGCUUGAACAAGGUGCAAGGUUGGAAGAUAUGAUGAUUGAAUGUGAUGGAAUAAAAUAUUAUAAUGACAUGAAAAUUGCAAUCAGCAGAGGUUUUUUAUUAGGAUAGGGAUACUUGAUGAUCAUCUUUUUUUGGGUGAUAAAACCUAUAGCUUAGAACCCUGGCGUUAUAAAGCUCACUGUUAGAAAGCUAAAAUUUUGAAGCUAAAAUGCAUUACUUUAUCUUAGUCAACUAAUUGAUAGUAUGAAGGUUCUGGGAAAUUAUUGGUUAAACUUGAGGCCAGGUAUGGAGCUUGUUGCAGCUGCAAUUGAUUGUGGACCUGGCAGAAUUGCUUGGGAUUGACUAUCUAGUUUUCUGGAUUGAAAAUUUGAAAGGUAUCAUCAUUAAUCUCAAAUUUAUGAAAUUCUGUCUCUUUAAAAACUCAUGGUUGCAUCUUUCCUUCUCUAAUAAAGAAGUCUGUUUGAUUAUAUAAUCCUUGGCAAUGCUGAUCAUUUCUACAAUGAAGUGAAAGAUCUUAUAAAUGGUAUGUGGGCGUGGUUGGAGUGGCUUUUCUUCUUUCUAAAAUACAUUUGAAAUUAUCACAUGCGUGCCAGAUUUUUCUUUUUCUUCCUUUUCUCUAAUUUUCUUUCCUCACAGAAGCCAAACCUGGACUCCGCCUCCCCAGAUGGAAACUCUCAUCCAGAACCAAUAUCUAUAAUUGCAGAAAGCAGAAAUAUGUUGGAAACUCAAGAUAAAGAUGUCAUAUUGGAGGGGCUAGCUGCAGUGAGUAUUUAUGAUCAGUGGAUUGGACCUUCUGUAUCUGGAAAAUACCCAAAACCAAGAUAUAAGGUAUUUACCAAGUUGUCUUUCUUGUUAUCCAAUAAUUUUAUCUUUAUUGUUAGUUUCUGGCCCUAAAUGUUUCAAUCUUAACAGCACGGGGCAGCCAUAGUGCAGGAUAAAAUGUAUGUAUUUGGAGGAAACCACAAUGGACGUUACCUUAAUGAUCUUCAGGUGUGUCAUGUUGGUUGUCUAUGUCUUUGUGAAACUUUUUAGUAUAAAUGAAAAGCUAUAAUUAGAUCAUGUCGCUGGAGAUUGGGCACUUGCCUGACCGUAUUUCUUUUGAUUCACUGAAGGUUCUGGACUUAAAAAAUUUGACGUGGACAAAAGUAGAGGCUAAAUCAGCUGUGGAAGAUUCAAAUUUGUCUAACACAGCAUUUCCAGUUUCAUGUGCCGGUCAUUCCCUGGUAAGCAUAUAAACCUUUCUUGACCACCUAGAUAUCUCGAAAUGAAACUGGAUUCACUGUACCAAUACUGGAUUCAUGUGCUGGCUAUAACUUUUUCUUUCAUUUUUAGGUAUCAUGGGAAAAUAAGAUUCUUUUGGUGGCUGGCCACUUGAAAAAUCCUUCAGAAUAUGUUACUGGUGGGAAUGAUUAUAGUCAUAUAUUCCUGUGAAGUUUGUGCAGAUUUGUCACUAAGAAAAAUAAUCCUCUUUGUCUUUCUUGGUGUUUUUUUUAAUGAUAGUGAGGGAGUUUGAUCCACAGACCCUCCAAUGGUCAAAGUUGAAUACUCAUGGGAAGGCGCCGGUACUUCCAUGAUCUCCUUCCUCCAUUAUGUAACAGAGAUUGGAUCUUAGAUGACAGUUGCAUUGUUCCUUAAUUUUAUGGGCACAACUGUUUUAUUUUAGUUCAGGAGAAUUCGCUAAACGAAUGUUCUAUUGUGGCACUGAUGUUUUGAAAUUUUCAUCUAUGCACUUUGUCAGGAGAAAGAAAAGAAUUUUAUUUUAUUUUUACAAAGCUAAAUGUGCAAAUUUUGGAUGAACCCAAUGUGCAUGGUACUAAAGGAAUGGCUCAUGGUUGAUGGGCAUCGAGUCUACUCUAGUUUAGUUAUGGGUAUCAUAGCCAAUAAAUAUUUUUCUGGGCAAUUAUCAAAUGCUGGAGAUAUUCGUGUGUAAUUUUCGUAGAUAUAAGUACCUUUUUGUUUGACUACCUUCGAGAAUUUGAUGGAUGGCCCAUGUGAUGUGUUAUAUUUCACACUUUCUGCCUUCAAAAUCAUGAAUUAUUAGUGUGCUUGUACGUCCUAUUGAUUUUAGUGCUUUACCUUUUUUAAUUUGACAUUUCUGAACUUUUUUGAGGAGUAAAAUGGUUUACUUCGCAAUAAGCUCUCCAUCACAUAGUAGAAUUACCGUCUUCCAUGAUGCCUGUCCUGUGAUGGAAAAUAGAAUUGAUGGAGUAUUGCUUUGUCAUUUAGAUGUAUAAUUUGCUGAUACUGCUUUAUAUACCACUAGAGCGAGUACAGUUAUAUGGUUUGCAAUUUAGAUAUUUUUACUGUACCAAAUCAUCUAAGAAGUUUUGGUGCUUAAAGAUCUUUGGUUUAAAAUAUUCCACAAAUUUGGCACAUCAAUUUGAUUCUAUAUGCUAAGUAUGCGUUUUAUUUUUCACAUAUUUAGCAGAGCAAUUUAGUCGCUCAAAAUGUUAUAUGAGGUGCUUCUUGUACCAAAUUAUUUUCUUCAUUUUUUGAACCUUAUUGCAGGUUUCUCGAGGAGGUCAGUCUGUAACUCUUGUUGGGAAGAGUUUGGUCUUUUUUGGGGGUGAGGAUGAGAAGAGAUCAUUACUCAAUGAUUUACAUAUCCUUGAUCUCGAAACCAUGACAUGGAACGAAGUGGAUGCAAUGUAAGAAACACUUUUGCUUCCUUAUCUCAUAGUUUAAAGCUUCCUCGGUUUUAUUCUCCUUAUAGAUGUGUAAAAUGAGCAAUGUCUUUCCUUGCUACUUUCAAUGCAUUUCGAAGCAACAUUUUGCAAGGAACGCUUCUUAAGAAUUCCUCAGUUUUUCCUGCUUAAGAAUGUAUUACAUGCAAUUCGUUACUUUUCCUUCAUUAGAAAGUUUUAUCGAUGAUGGUUUCUGAUUUUGAAUUUAUUUUAUUGCUAUCAACUAAUUCUCUUCAAAUUGUGGAUAAACGAGCAGGGGUAUUGAUAUACUGAGUUAUGUUGAAAAGUAAAUUUAUCAUUAUUUUUGGCUGUUUUAGCCUUCAUUAAAAUUGAGGGUCGUGCAAGCUGCUUUUAGGAAGUGCAGUGCCUUUUGCACAAAUGGGGUCUUUUUGUAAACUCUUAAAGAAGUUGUUUAAUGGUCAUGGACUAGGGUGAUAUCAGGGUGGAAGGUCGCCCAGGAGAGUUACAAUUCCGGUACCCUCACCUGCGGCCUAUAUUUACAUGGGCCAUUGAUAUUUUCACAAGUCAAGUCUAGAAAGUCUGUAGGUUAUCCUUAAUGAGAGGCUUUCUUCAUGUUUUCUGUCCCUUGGUUUUCUCUCAUUCUAUGUUUACCUAUCGCAAGCGUAUCUAUCUAACUCUCUACAAGUAAUGGCUAUAGCGGUUGAAAAUUCUAGCAUUAACGCUGAUGUAGAGACUGAUUAGCCAUUUUUCUUUUUUCCUCAAUUGAAAAGACUCGUGAGGAGGCUUUUGAGACUUCCCCUCAGAAAUUAAACGUCAUGGUUUGUCUAUGGUUACAAACUUAAACACUGGCAAUCACGCCAUCCAGCAUGGCAUAUCUUGCUUAGUAUCAAUAAAUUAGUAUCAUGAUAUAUCUCUGUUUAUAUUGCUUGACACCAAUAUGUGCUGACCCAAAGUAGAAAACUCAAGAACCGAAGCAAUACGAUGUCGUGAUUUGCAACCUGAUGUACUGAAGUUGUGGGAUGUGUGACAGAUUAUCUGGAAAUAAUUACUUAGUUUGGAAGGAACAUUGGAUUAAAAAAAAUGGCUUUCCAGUUUAGAAUGACUUGCUGCUAUAUUGGAUGACCCUACUUGCAAUUUCUGGGAAGGUUUGGAUCUGGAAAUCGCAAGACUCUAAACAGGAAUGAAUAGCUAUCUGAAGAUAUGUGGUGAUUUAUCGGUCUUCUUAUACAUGAACGGGCUGAGUUUAGGGCUGGAUAUUCACAACUCCUUCCUUUUUAUUCACUCAAGUAUAGAGAUUUCUCUUUACGAAAGGGAUUUUCUUCUGUAGAAAGAUUUCCACGGACAGCUUUCCAGAUUGGUUUGCCAACUUGUUGCUUCACACCAGGGAUAUCUAUUUUUGACUGGUUCCAAGUUUUGGUGACGAAGAAUAUAAAUAAUUGCAUGGAGCACUAUAUGCACCAAUUUGCAGUUAUAGUCAGUUGUGGUAGAUUAUACAACGGGUACUUACGGCAGGUUCAAUGCAAAUAUAAGCAGUCAAUGGAAAUCAUGAAAUAGAACGAGAAAAGGAUACGACAGACAGCCUGUAGAAAGGUGGUCCAAUGCAAACACGCGGCAUUAGCUCUCUGUGUCAUAGUUGGGUGGCAAUGGCACCAUGGGGCUGUAACAUUUGCGGUUCGGAGGCAGGAAAUCGCCUUAGCUUAGGAGAAAAUAUUUAUCACUAAUCCCUCUCCAGAAACGAAUAACGUUUAGUUGAUCAAAAAUCUGGACACCACUACAAGCUGAACAGACUUUAUACUCUUUGAAGUUUGAUGGUGUUGUUGUUUUACUGAGGAUUUUUAGAACAUUCACAUGAUUGUCUUGGUGUAAGUUUGCAUACUUUACUUUUGUGUAAGCCUGAUGUGAAUUGUACUUGCUAUUUAGCAGUGGUCAACCACCUUCUCCAAGAAUGGAUCACACUGCGGCCAUACAUGCAGAGCGGUACCUAUUAAUAUUUGGAGGGGCUUCUUAUGCCACAUGCUUUAGUGACCUGCAUGUCCUUGACCUGAAGAUUGUGAGUGCAGUUUCUAUCCUUCUGUCUUCAACUGUGCCUUAGUUGUCUCUUGUUGAAUGUAUAAAAUAAAGUGAUUCUGUUGCAGAUGGAAUGGUCAAGACCUAAGCAACAAGGUGUCAUUCCAGCUCCACGAGCUGGCCAUGCUGGUACAACUAUAGGAGAGAACUGGUUUAUUGUUGGUGGGGGUGAUAAUAAGAAUGGUACGGUUUAUAUCAUUCGAUCUCAUUGGUUUUCGGUUGUUCUGAGAUUAGUACUUUGUUGCUACAGGAGCAGUUUGGUGAAUGAGUCUUUAUAUCUCUUUUAUUAUUGGGCGUUUUCUAUGGUUGAUUUAAUUUGCAUUUAGUUUUUCUCAAAUGAGCUGUAUCAUGAUAAGGAGGUAUUAGAAUAAGUUCAUCACUAGAGUCUUUUUUAUUUUAUCAUUAUGAUUAAUCGAAAUAAACAUACGGAGGAUGCGGAAUAACCAGCUUAGCUUUUCAAUGAAUUUGGCUCGGAUUCAUUUUUUUCUGUGCAAGGCAGCUUUUGAAACAUGCCUGCUGCUUGUUUACGUCUGUGAUAGAACUCUAAUACGUAAAACCACGAGUAGGAAGAGGUUUCAGCUAGAGUUCAAGUUUAUGUUUUAUAAUACCUUCUGAUAUUUGACCCUAUUAUGAUUAUGGUGUCUACAUAUUCGACCAAAGACAUCACUUUGAAUUUCUCUCUGUUUUAGUUUUUAAAGAGAUACGGAAUAACAUAUUGCCAAACUAAUUUUCUGAUUUUUUUGAAAAGAUUUUAUACUGUUUUGAAAUUACUUCUAAUUUCUUCUUUUUCUCAAAGUUCGAGUUCCUUUUAGGUUUGCCAUAGUUCCUCUCAUACUAUUUUGUUUCUCAACGUGGGUCUUGCUUGAAGAUCCUCGCCUUUUUGGAAUGAGUCUGGGAUUAUAUUUUUCAUUCAGGACGGACCGUCUUUCAUAUUGCCAUGUUACUUAAAAUGUUCUUUGACUACUGUUUCUUGGUUGGCAGUUGACAAAUUUUGUUCUAGUAUUUUUUUUCUUAUGCGCUAUGUUUCUGAACUUUUUCUGCUUUCUCUGAGACUCUUUAUGCUCUUUAACACCAGACGCAUAUAUUUUCCCUGGAAAUGGUUGUGGGAACUGUUAACAUUUUGAGGCAAUUUCAAUAGUCUUUCUCCAGCCACUUUUUUCACAUAAAAAAGCUAUGAUCGUCAGCUUUCAUUUGUUUGAAUGUCUCAUGUACUUUGAAACCGUUUCAUGGGUGUCCUUCCAAAUGUAUGUGCAAUAUUCUGCAGGUAUCUCUGAGACGCUUGUGUUGAACAUGUCUACCUUGGUCUGGUCAGUUGUUACCGCAGUUCAAGGUCGUGUACCUAUAGCUAGUGAGGUGUGUUUCUGCACUCUUCGAGUAUCGAUUCUCACAACUCCCUUUGAAUUUGAAAUGCAAUGCGAUCUAGAAUUUAAAAAGAAUGCAGUAGGAAUUGGAUUUUUUCCACUUCUGGACUCAGUAUUAUUAUUAUAUUAUUAUCAUUUUCUAAUUUUACUAUUCGGACAAGUAGUACACCAUGUUUGGAGGAAAUGGUACCCAUGGUGUGAAAUGUGCUAUCUAGAAAUUGGUUGCAAAAUAAAUUCAGCUAAUUUCUGCAACGCAAAUGACUGUCUAAAUAUUUUGGUAAGUUACAAGUAAAAUCGAGAGGAGGAAUUCGGUUUUUAUUGAUUUCCUAAGUUAUUUAUCCACAGGGCCUGAGUUUGGUUGCAAGCUCAUACACAGGGGAAGAUAUUCUGCUUUCAUUUGGAGGGUACAACGGGCGAUACUGCAAUGAUGUUAGUUGCUAGCAUCCUUUUCUCUAUUCCUAUCUGUACCUUAAAGAACAUUCCUAACCUCAGUAUCUUCCCUUCCAGGUUUAUGCCCUUAAACCAAGCCACAAAACAACAUUGCAGUCCAAAAUAUUUGAAGAGUCUGUGGCAGAGAGCGUUGCUGGCCUUCCCACAAAUGCAACCAGAGAUAUCGAACCAGAGCUUGACACUGAUCAAGAUGGAAAAGUGAGGGAAAUUGUGAUGGAUAGCAUCGACUCACGGCUUGUGGUAAUUCCAUAUAUAGUAUAUGUUUGAUGAGUGUUGUAAAGCCCUCUAUCUUCCUGUGUGGGCCUUGGGAAUAAAAUCAGAAAAGGAGAGCCAAGCUGUGAGCCAUAAAUAGUAGCUCCCUUGUAGUAUUUCCCUUUGGCCGCGUUUUUCUAAUUGAAGUGGAGUUCCUCUCGCAGAAGGCCAGGACAGAGGAGACAUAUGAACAACAGCUGGCGAACCUUCAGGGAGAGAAGGAAGAACUGGCAAUGAUCCUCUCAAAGGAGCAGUCACAGACGAGUCAACUGAAGCAAGAGCUUGCUGAAGCAGCAACACAAAAUUUAGAACUUAUGAAGGUAAGUACUUAAAUAAUUCCACAAUGGAAAUAAUAAAUAAUGCUGCGCGGUUACAUUCAUGCCACAAUCAAAUUCGCCUUCAUGGAAUCAAAGCUGUUUGGUGCUCUUGGAUUAAGCACAUGUAGAUUCUAUCUUCGAUUUGUGCAAGUCCUUUGAAUGAUUAGCCCCACAUUAAUAUUGUGCUGGGUACAUCUCUCGGGGGAAAAUACAGACAAGCCCUCUGCUUUCAUCCCCAAUAAAUCAUCAAAAUCUCUUGUCCCAUGUUAGUACAUCACAUCUGAAACCAAAAGAAUCUUCCCGAGAAGCUGGAAAAAAAUGGAGUUUCUUUUAAAUUCCCAAUUUGUAUUUAGCAAAAUGAAGUAUUUAAAUUUGCUUUUAUUUUUCUCAGAUGUUAAUGUCACUUGAGGAACUGACUUCUGAAAGAGCCACGUGCGCCUUGUUACUCUAGAAACAUGCUAAAAAUAGAAAAACAGGGUUGUUUUUAUGAACUGAAAUUCCCUGUGUUCUUUUUCCGACGAUCUGCAGGAGCUUCAGUCCAUCAGAAGUCAGCUUGCUGCUGAGCAGUCGAGAUGUUUCAAACUGGAGGUACACACUGAUGACUUGAUUAUUGCCAUGGAAAGAAGAUACACAGCGUCUUUUUCAUUCAAUUUCUAGCAAAGUGUUGGUUGUCUGGGUAAUUGCGGCAUGGCUCAGAUUUCCCAGAGAGAAUACUAGAAAAUUGGCCCUGUCAAUCUCAAUCCACCUCAGGACCAGGUUUAGCUAGAUUUGCUCCACAGCUUGCAUAUAGUCGCCUUUGUCACUGUCUCUAUCUCCCCAGCAUCUAUCUAUUUAUAUGUCAAUAUAGAUACAUAUAUAGUGGAGCAUGGUUUUUCUCUCUCCUGUCGGUGGCACUAGUUAUGGAAAUAAAUGAACCGAUCGAGUAUCCACAAUUGGCUGUUCUUCGCAGGUUGACGUCGCCGAGAUGCGGCAGAAGCUGCAGACGGUGGAAUCACUACAGAAUGAGGUCGAGCUGCUCAGGCGGCAGAAGGCGGCGCUCGAACAGGCCGCCAUGACCCCCACGCAGAAGCAGGGCUCAGGCGGCGUCUGGGGCUGGCUUGCCGGAACUCCCCCCAACAAGCCCAGCCCCUGA